AUGCUUAAUCUUCGAAGGAUAUCGCAAGUACCAAAAAAAAGCAUAAGAAUCAUCUCUGCCAUGGCUAAUCCACAACAAGAAAAAGGUUCCAAAUCGAAGCUUCAAUUUGCUUUGAAAACCCCCAAGGGUACUAAAGAUUGGGCUGACAAAGAUAUGGUCAUCAGAGAGGCCAUUUUCACACAACUUUCUAGUAUUUUCAAGCGUCACGGUGGUGUCACCAUUGAUACACCAGUUUUCGAGCUUCGUGAAAUUUUAGCGGGGAAAUACGGUGAGGAUUCCAAGCUUAUUUAUAAUUUGGAGGAUCAAGGUGGUGAGUUGUGUUCCCUGCGUUAUGACUUGACCGUUCCAUUCGCCAGAUUCGUUGCCAUGAAUAAUAUUCAGAAUAUUAAACGUUACCACAUUGCUAAGGUCUAUAGAAGGGAUCAGCCUGCUAUGACCAAGGGGCGUAUGAGAGAGUUUUACCAGUGUGACUUUGAUAUUGCUGGUAAUUACGAUUCAAUGGUACCCGAUGCCGAGGCCUUGUCUAUCACAGUCGAAGGUUUGACUAGUCUGGGCAUUAAAGAUUUCAAGAUAAAGAUAAAUCAUAGAAAGAUCUUGGACGGUAUCUUCCAGAUUGCAGGUGUCAGAGAUGAAGACGUCAGAAAGAUUUCUUCUGCUGUCGACAAGCUGGACAAAUCGCCAUGGGAGGUCGUUAAAGAAGAAAUUACUGUGGAAAAGGGCCAGUCUGUUGAAACUGCUGACAAAAUUGGUGAGUUUGUUAAAUUAAAUGGGUCUUUGAAAGAAAUCUUUGAUGUGUUAUCUCAAGAUUCAGCGAUUACUUCGAAUGAAAAGGCCAAGCAAGGUUUGGAUGACAUGGCCACCUUGAUGAAAUAUACUAAGGCCUUUGGGAUCGACCAAUAUAUUUCUUUUGAUCUCUCUCUGGCCAGAGGUCUCGAUUAUUACACGGGUAUUAUCUAUGAAGUCGUCACUUCAGCCUCUGCUCCCCCUAAGAAUGCCCAAGAAUUGAAAAAGAAGUCUAAAAACUCUGACGAUGCCUCAGAAUACGUUGGUGUUGGAUCAAUUGCGGCUGGUGGUCGUUACGAUAACUUAGUUAGUAUGUUUUCCGAAGCCUCUGGUAAAAAGGGUGUCUCCAUUCCUUGUGUUGGUAUCUCCUUUGGUGUUGAAAGAAUCUUCUCUUUGAUCAAGCAAAGAACGGAACUAUCGACUGCUAUUAGGCCAACCGCCACUCAAGUUUUUGUCAUGGCAUUCGGAGGUGGUAAGGAUUGGACUGGUUACUUACCUGAAAGAAUGCUUGUUGCUAAGCAACUAUGGAACGCGGGAAUCGAAGCUGAAUACGUCUACAAGGCUAAGGCAAAUCCAAGAAAACAAUUCGAGGCUGCUGAGAAGUCUGGCUGCCCAAUCGCUGUCAUUCUUGGUAAAGAGGAAUACUUGGAUAACAAGCUUCGUGUCAAACGUCUAGGUCCCGAGUUUGCUAGUGACGAUGGUGAGUUGAUUGAGGCAGAAGAACUUAUUCCAAAAGUCCAGCAAAAAUUGUCCGAGAUUUAUCAAGGAGGUGUCGAUGAAGUCACUAGACUACUUCAAAACAUUUAA